AUGGCUUCAACGGCAGCCGGCAAGCAGCGAAUCCCGAAGGUGGCGAAGGUAAAAAAUAAAGCUCCGGCGGAGGUGCAAAUCACCGCCGAACAGCUUCUCAGGGAGGCCAAAGAACGAGAGCUAGAACUUUUGCCGCCGCCGCCAAAACAAAAAAUCACCGACAAGGAGGAACUCAACGACUACAAGCUAAGGAAGAGAAAGGCGUUUGAAGACAACAUCCGAAAGAACCGUACUAUCAUCAGCAAUUGGAUAAAAUACGCACAAUGGGAAGAAAGCCUGACAGAAGUCCAGAGGGCGCGCUCUAUUUACGAGCGCGCGCUGGACGUGGACCACCGCAACGUGACCCUGUGGCUGAAGUACGCCGAGAUGGAGAUGAAGAGUCGGCAGGUCAACCACGCCCGCAAUAUCUGGGACCGGGCCAUCACCAUCCUGCCCCGCGUCAACCAGUUCUGGUACAAGUACACGUACAUGGAGGAGACACUGGGUAACGUGGCGGGCUGCAGGCAGGCCUUCGAGCGCUGGAUGGAAUGGGAGCCCGAAGAGCAGGCCUGGCACUCCUACAUCAACUUCGAGCUGCGCUACAAAGAAGUGGACAAAGCUCGCAGCAUCUACGAACGUUUUGUCAUGGUGCACCCCGAGGUCAAGAACUGGAUCAAGUACGCGCGCUUCGAGGAGAAGCACGGCUACAUCGCGCACAGCAGGAAGGUUUUCGAGCGCGCCGCCGAGUUCUUCGGCGAGGAGCACAUCGACGAGAACCUCUUUGUGGCUUUUGCGCGCUUUGAGGAAACGCAAAAAGAGUUUGAGCGCGUGCGCGUCAUCUACAAGUAUGCGUUGGACCGCAUCCCCAAGCAGCAGGCCCAGGAGCUCUUCAAGAACUACACCAUGUUCGAGAAGAAAUUCGGAGACCGGCGGGGAAUCGAGGACGUCAUCGUCAACAAAAGGAGGUUCCAGUACGAGGAGGAAGUCAAGGCCAACCCGCACAACUACGACGCCUGGUUCGAUUAUCUGCGACUGGUGGAGAGCGACGCCGACCCCGACACGGUGCGGGAGGUGUACGAGCGCGCCAUCGCCAACGUGCCGCCCAUCCGGGAAAAGCGCCACUGGCGCCGAUACAUCUACUUGUGGAUCAACUACGCCCUCUACGAAGAACUGGAGGCCAUGGACGUGGAUAGGACAAGGCAGGUGUACGAGGCCUGCUUGGAUCUGAUUCCUCACAAAAAGUUCACUUUUGCCAAGAUCUGGCUGCUGUCCAGUCAGUUUGAAAUCAGACAGAAGAACCUGCAACGCGCCAGGAAGAUCAUGGGCACGGCCAUCGGCAAAUGCCCCAAGAACAAACUCCUCAAGGGCUACAUCGAGUUGGAGCUUCAGCUGCGCGAGUUCGACCGCUGUCGCAAGCUCUACGAGAAGUAUUUGGAGUUCGGGCCGGAGAACUGCACCACUUGGAUCAAGUUCGCCGAGCUGGAGACCAUCCUGGGCGACGUGGACCGCGCCCGCGCCAUCUUCGAGCUGGCCAUCUCGCAGCCGCGCCUCGACAUGCCCGAGGUUCUGUGGAAGUCCUACAUCGACUUUGAGAUCGAGCAGGAGGAGUUCGGGAACACCCGGAACCUUUACAAAAGGCUGCUGCAGCGGACCCAGCACGUCAAGGUUUGGAUCAGUUACGCCAAGUUCGAGUUGUCGCUGGAAGGCGAGGAGCGCGUGCGCAAGUCCCGGCAGAUCUUCGAGGAGGCCAACAAGAGCUUGAGAAGCUGCCAGGAGAAGGAGGAGCGCCUCAUGCUGCUGGAGUCCUGGAGGGACUUUGAGGCCCAGUUCGGCUCCGACGCCUGCAGGGAGCGCGUGGCCAAGCUGCUGCCCGAGAAGGUCAAGAAGAGGAGGAAGCUUACCGCCGAGGACGGGUCGGACGCCGGCUGGGAGGAAUACUACGACUACAUUUUCCCAGAAGAUGCCGCCAACCAGCCCAACCUUAAACUCCUGGCCAUGGCUAAGAUGUGGAAAAAACAGCAGCAGCGGACGGCGGAAGAACCGGACGUUCCGGAAAAUGCCCCGAUGGCCGCCGAGGCCGCUUCCGGAGACGUGCCGGAGGAGAGCAAUGUGACUCAAGACGAGAAUACUUAUGACGACAGAGAUGACAGUAGUAGUAGUAGUAGUAGUAGCAGCAGCAGUAGCGAGCAGGAAGAGGAUGAAGACAAAAAUAAGGAAAAGAGCGUAAGCCAAGAUGACCAUCGUUGA